AUGGGAAGAACAGCUCACGACCCCGUGUCAUCGUCUCAAGUGCUUACGCAGCAACGAGAGCAGUUUGCAUCUCAACUGUCUCAAUCACGCCCUCGCAGUAACGCUCCCACAACGACAAGGCCGCGGUCGGAAUUAGCAGCACGUCCAACAACAGCUGGUGGACAUCGAGAUCAUCGAAUUAUGGCGUUAGCUGAAGGACGAGGUGUUGCAGCAGAAGUUGGUGUAUGCAUUAUUCAUGCUACAACAGGCGAAUGUAUUCUAUCUCAGGUCCCUGACUCUCAGUCGUAUGCACGCACUCUACACAAGAUCCACUUGAAUGAUCCACAUAAGAUUCUGAUGGCGAAUACUGCACUGGAAGCUGGAGCAAGCCAGCUCUACCAACUAAUAGAACAUCACAUUCCGGAUACAUCAAUCAUAGCUGUUCCUCGAAAAUAUUUCAACAAUGAUUCUGGUAUGAAGGCUAUCCAGGACUUUGGCUUACUGGAAGAUGCUGCAGCUUUGCUUCUCGGAUUGUCAUCCAAAUAUUAUUGCCUUGCUGCAGUGGCAGCUGCAUUUCGAUAUGUCUCUGAACAUGAAGGGAUAAGCUUUGUGGAUCACACUGUAAAGUUUUCUUUUCAAGGUGUAGAAGGUAGUGACAUACGUUCAAACAUUGUCACUGCCAAGAACCUUGAGAUCGUAUCCAACACUGUCAACCGUUCUAGCAAAGAUACUCUUUUCGGCGUAGUCGAUCACACAGUGACACCUAUGGGCGCGCGACUUUUGCGAACGAACCUUUUACAGCCAAGUACAAACGAGGAUGUUAUCCAAGGUCGGCUAGAUGCGGUUCAGGAGCUCGUCAGCCGUGAGAGCUUCUUGUUCAAUGUUCAGUCUGCUCUGAAACCUGUGACUGAUUUGGAUCAUAUCAUUGCCGAUAUUGCCAAGAUCCCAGUCAAGCAACAAGACGUCCAUUACGCCGAGUGCAAGAUCAACCAUGUCAUCCGUCUAAAGACCAUGAUGACCGCCCUUAAAAGUGUUGCUACAAGUCUACAGUCAUGUUCGAAUACUUUAUUAGUCACUAUUUGCGAGAUUCUCUCUGAUUCAAGACUGGAUGACUUACAAAUGGCGAUCUCUGAGACGUUACAUGACGACGUUGGAAUACAGAAAACAAGUUUGGGGUUGAGACAUCAGCGAUGCUAUGCUGUAAAGUCUGGUGUCAACGGUCUCUUAGAUGUUGCACGUCAAACGUAUAAAGAAACUAUCGAGGAUAUCUAUGAAUUGGCCACAGAAUAUACUGAAUCAAGCGGUCUAAACAUCAAGCUGCAAUUCAAUGCACCCAAAGGGUUCUAUCUCUCGUUGCCAGCAGAUCAGCUCGAAGAGAGCACGAUACUGCCCCAAGUGUUUAUCAACGUGGUAAAGAAGAAAAAGCAGUACACUUUUACGACUUUGGAACUGCUGCAAAAGAACAGUCGUAUGAACGAGUCUUUGACCGAGGUCUACCUUAUGUCCGACAAAACUGUGACAGACCUCCUUCAAGUAUUUCGUGCCGACAUUGGCGUUCUGUAUAAAGUUUCAGAAGCUAUUGCUAUGUUGGAUAUGCUAUUGUCAUUCGGACAUUGCUGCUCACUCUCGGAGUACGUUCGACCAGAGUUUACCAACACACUAGCCAUCGAAGCUGGUCGCCAUCCCAUCAUGGAAAGAAUCCAGCAAGAGCCUGUCAUUCCUAAUGACACAUAUACAUCCUUAUCUUCCAGCUUUCAGCUCAUUACUGGUCCAAAUAUGAGUGGAAAGUCAACAUAUAUCAAGCAGAUAGGCCUACUGACAAUCAUGGCACAAGCUGGUUCAUUCGUUCCUGCCACAUAUGCAUCGUUUCGUCUAUGUGAUCAGAUACUCUCCCGGCUUGGAAACGACGUUUAUGUUGAAGUCAAUACAUCAUCGUUUAUGGCCGAAAUGCGCGAAGCAGCGUAUAUCAUUCAGAACGUGACUAAUUCGAGUCUGGUGAUUAUCGACGAGCUUGGAAAAGGAACUGCACCCUACGAUGCUUUAGGGAUUGCUGCAUCUAUCAGCGAAUACCUCAUUAAAUCAAAGGCCUAUUGCUUCUUUACCACUCAUCUGCAUCAGCUCACGCGGGUCCUCAGUGUGUAUCCUAAUGUGGUUAAUCUUCAGCUUAAGGUUGAUAUUGUAAGUUUGUUUAAAGCUUUACUCUCCAAAGCGUAUGGACGAAUCUUAAGUGAUUGA